GGGGGCAUGUAACUUCGACACAACAGUCGCUGGCAAAAAAAUAACAAUAAUUCGUCGAAGUCGCACUAUCGCCCGGGUUUUAGAUGUUUUAUCGUUCGUAUAAGUGUCCCAGUGAAUUGUUUUAGGAUAAAUUGUGCUCGAAGGUUUGUUCCUCCGUUACAUAAGUCAACAUUCAACCGAUCGGGGGGAAAACAGGACCCGAAUAAUAAGCUAACAAUACGCAGGAAUUUAAACCACAUACACACACACACGCACCGGAAAUGACGAAUGUUCGUAGAAAAUCCACGCUAACCCGCUCGCUAUAGGACGGUAUCAAAACAGGUCGCUAAUAAUAGACGAUCGGAAGUAAAGUUCUUAGGAGAUAGCCAGAGUUGGUAGCGGAAGGGCGACCAGAAGGGGACAGUGGACAUUUGUUAACCGAUCGUCGCUACCGUCCCCCCAAAAGACCACGAUAUACCACGUGUUGUGGUGCACGUGGUGCGUAAACCGAGCAGGGCGAAAACAUGUUAAACAAAGCACAAAAGCUAGUGCUCGGAAUAGUGUUACUGGUGCUGGUCGAUAUUAUAUGGGUUUCGUCGAGCGAACUAACCAAGUUUCUGUACGAAAAUGAAAACUACGACAAACCAUUCUUCUGCACGUACUUCAAGGCGUCUAUGUUCACCAUAUACCUGAUAGUGCUCGGCUUGAUAGCACCGUGGAAGGAGAGCUGCAACCGCAAUGGGAAUUACUCGCUGAUGGACACGAUCGAGGAGGACGAAGGAUACUACGCUAAUGGAACGUCCAGUUUGAGUGACUCCUCAUUCGUCCCCAUCAAAACAGACGCCCAGGUGUCCGGCACGGAAAGCGAUGACUCCAGCAUACGCAGCGUACGGUUCAGCAAGGUGGCGGAGGUACGCGAAAUGUCUCCGCACGAAGCGUCCGAAGCGCUGAUGUCGCGGCUCUCGUACGCAGCCAGUCUGCGAGUUCAUCGACAAAAAUCACACCACAAAACGGCUCGAACGGCUUUACUUUUCUGUGUGCUGUGGUUUAUUGCCAACUACAUGUUCCAGCUGGCACUAGAGCCGAGUGAAACGGCAAUGGUAACGCUGCUCAGUUCUAGCUCGAGCUUUUUCACCCUCAUUCUUGCCGCCAUGUUCCCUUCGUCCUGUGGCGAUAAGUUUACCUUCUCGAAGUGUUUCGCCGUGAUGUUGAGCAUUUCCGGUGCGGUAAUGGUUUCGAUGUCGGAAAUCGAUCAGCCGAAAAUGUCACGCGGCAUCGUGCUCGCCCUGCUGAGUGCAUUCUUCUACGCGUCCUAUCUGGUGCUAGUCAAGCGUAAAAGCGACACGGAAGAAAAGAUCAGCAUUCCCCUGUUCUUUGGCUUUGUGGGGCUGUGGAAUUUGCUGCUGCUGUGGCCGCUUCUUUUUGUGCUAAACUUUUCCCAGCUCGAAGUGUUCGAGCUACCCUCUCGGCGACAGUUUAUUGUUCUGUUUCUGAACGGGCUCAUCGGCACGGUACUGUCCGAAGCACUGUGGCUAUGGGGCUGCUUUCUAACGUCAUCCCUUAUCGGCACGGUAGCCAUAUCGCUACAGAUACCGCUGGCAAUGCUGUUCGACAUGGUGCUGCACGGUAAAACCUACCCGCUACUGUUCUAUCUCGGCUCACUGCCCAUGUUCCUUUCGCUGGUGCUGGUGGCCUUUCUGGUGAAGUUUGAUGACUGUGAUCCGCUGCUAAAAUUCGGCAAGCUUAUGUACCGGCGGCUGUGGAACUGCCGGAAAGCGAACGUUGUACGAAUACCGGAUCUAGAGGAGCAGCACGAGUCCCUCAUCGACGGUAGUCAUGAAAACUAGAGCGGGAAUGAACUGUACGUGGCGUCUGUUUUGCUCUCGGUUUAGUUACACACAAACACAUCACGGUAGUUCUAUCCGGUGAUCAGCGGUUUUGUAUCGUUUCUCGGAUCACUAUCCUUUGGUCGGGGAUCAGCACAGUGAUGCGCAACAGAAGUCGUCAUCUGCUUUUGGUCAUUUUAUUGGAUGUUCAUAACUUUAACUGGCAGAGUGCAAUUCGUUUAGGAAUAACGCGUUCAACAGCGAUCCUUUUUUUUAGUCUAAUUUUGACGAUUCCUGAGCAAUUUCUCGUGAUUUUGUGUUAGUAGAAAUUUUUGGAGAUUAAUUUACAUCACCAAAGUGUUCUUGCUGAUACGAGGUGUAUUUUCGGACCGUGCUUUCAUUCGUGAUGCGGUUUGAGCGGGCAAAGUGCUGCUUGAUAAUAGUAUUUAGAUUGCUCUCCUGCUAGAGCUACCUGAAAGAGAUUGUAAUAAUUCAUUACUUUACACUUUGACUCGUUAUAGAUCAACGUAAAAAGUGCGCAGAAAAGUGCGACAGUUUCCUGUGCUAAAGUUCAAAAUCAGUAUUUCUACCCCGUGUUUUCGGUAGUAUUAUUAUCAUUCUUUUGUUUACAGAUCUUUAAAGUCAUACAAUCAGGAAUGUAUUUUUUUGCUAAGAAACUAUUGAUUGACCCAAUUGCUGUACGGAUCAUACUUACUCAGUAGAAAUUAUGUCUCGAAUAAUGAUGAUACAUAUAGUUUCACAUUUGCAGAAAGUGAGAGCAAACAAUGGUUCGAAAAGUGCUGCAUGCGGCACAUUAUCACAUUAUCGCAAUUAGGCAUCGCAAAGCAAUAGGAAAAAGCAAGAACAAAUAAUUAUGCCUGCCCCUUGAUCUAUCUAAAAUCGUUGCCAAGCAAAUAAGGUUAACCUAUUUUGGAGCUGUGCGACGAAGUAUUACUUUAAAUGUAUCAUCACCAAUCAUCACCGAACGGUAGGAGCUAACGCACACGGAUGGGAAGAAAGCACACACAGAGCAACCGCAACUAGGAAAGUGUCUUGCCUUUUUGUUUUGCUCGUUAGCGCAAUAGGGAAUUGUUCGUUUAGCGUAUGUUGAACAAACCGUCAGUAGCGCACAACAACAACAACAACAACAAUGCACAUUUGAAACACACUAGCAUUGUAUGAAUUGUAUGUCGGCGGCCACACCAUCGUUUGAUGCGAGUGUUGCCAUCCAAUUUUGCCGGGAAUAGGAAAUGCAAGCGAACCCAGUGCCCAGUGGCCCAGUAGUAGUGGUAUUAGCAGUAGCGCAGUAGUAAUAGUAAUAGUACUAGUAGCUAUUCUAUAUUGUGUAAUUUGAGUUUUUCAUUGUGAUAUAAACGUAGCGUAUACAUGAGGAAAUUAAGUAUUCGAUGCGGAUGCGCAUUCCCCGCACACAACUACUCCCAGUGGAGAGGAUGUAGCAAAAACGGUGCAUUAAAAUAGGGCGAGAAAACCUAAAAGACUAAACACAUUGUUCACUGUAGAAGAAGCGCCUGUGUAAGCUGUGGGAUGGAUGAGAUUUGAUUUCCUCUGCGGAUGAAUACGGUGUAUGUUAGUAUUAUUAGUUUUGAACGUUUUGAUCUGUUGCGGCCCUAUUCACCUUCUCGCAUCC